AAGGUAUUCAGUUUUAUUCAGGGAUCUGGAGCACAGAUCCAAUUCCCUAGAUCAAGAGCCUCUCACCAGCAUCAAGGAACCUUCCUUGAGUGGGAUUAAGGAGUGUAGGAGGCACUGGUGUGGGCGUUCAUCCACCUCCUUAACUCACUCACUACCAUUUACUCACCCAUUCAUAAAUCAAUACCAAGCUGUUUACAUAUAUACUCCAAGAAGAUGUAGCUUUAGAGGCCAUUUAUGAUGCGAUAUUAACUAGGUUACAAAACAAAACAAAAAAACGAAGGUUACAUAGAGAGUAUUGGAACUAUUUUGGUGAGGUUGACGUCAUAGAUCAAAUGUUAACUGAGUGUUAAGACUACUACUACUACUACUACUACUACUAGCGUAGUGAAGCUAGUGUCUGCUUUCACCACUCCGCCACACCUCGAUAGUGAUAACAUGUCUAAAGCGAGUGCUCCACCCUCUGCACCUCCACCAUAUGCCCCUCCUAGCUACUCUCAAGCAGUUGGCGGAGUGCCUCCACAAGCACCAUUUAUUCCUUUUCAUGUGGUAUUGACAAUCUCCCAGGAGGCCGACAGGUACACAGCAACACAGCAUAACAACACUGGUAGUGAAGGAAGGCUGACGCCCACCGCUCCUCCUCCUCCUCACUUUGGAUAUCUUGCCCCAAGCUCUUUUCCAGACAUUGGUGGACCAAAGGGAUCCCUCAUUGCCCCGCUUACUGCACCUAAUACUCCUACAUCUUUUCCGCUCGACUCAUCAUUUCACGAAGCAAUACGACAGCGGCUCUUUAACACUGGUGCCCCAACUGCUGUUGUGACAACAGUGGUUCCUCUAGGAUCUCAGUCAACUCAUAUGAUAUGUCCACACUGCCAUGCAGAGGUUGAUACAGCUACUAAGACCUCCCCAUCAAUGGUGGCUUGGUUAUCAGGGUUUAUCAUCUGUAUUCUUGGAUGCUGGAUGGGUUGUUGCCUGAUUCCCUGCUGUAUUAAUGACUGCAUGAAUGUGGAACACAAUUGUCCUAACUGCCAAGCCUUUUUGGGCAAAUACAAGCGAGGGUAGAGAGGACAAUUGCCAACUUCCUCGUUUGUCUCCUCAUAAAUGGUGGCUAUUACUUUAGUGGAUGGCAUACAUGGCUGAAGAAACACACACACACACACACACACACACAUACUACUAUACUUAAAAAAAACAUUGUUAAAACACUUUCACACCAUUCACCAAAGCUUAAUAUAUUUCUUUAAUACGUUUAUGUAAGAAUGAUGUUAAUGGUGUGGUGAAAUAUGAUUAUUAGUCAUAAUUCAUUGCAUUCUGAUAACAUUUGUGGUAAACAUUUUGUGAAAUGGUUUGAAUACUGUGUAACUUAGCCAUAAUUAGGACAGAAAAUGAAGGUAAAAUAUACAGUACGUGUAUAGAUAUAUAUACGGUGGUACCUCAGGAUAUGAAUCUUUUUCGUUCCAGAAGGCUGUUCGAGUGCUGAUACCGAACGAAUUUGUUCCUAUAAGGAAUAAUGUAAAUCAGAUUAAUCCGUUUCAGACCCCCGAAAAUACACUUACAAAAGCACUUACAUAAUUGUUCGAGUUUUGAGCUGUUCGUAUCCCGAGGUACCGCUCUGUAUAUAAAAUUUAUUAUGGGAAAUAUUUUGUGUAAUACUUGAACCAAAAUAUUCUAUAGGAUACUUUCUGUAUAUUAGUUUUACAUAGCCAUGGACUAAGUGUCCAUUUUACCAAUUCCAAUCAGUCUUGUGUAACUAUCUAUUUAUCUAUAUAUGUAUAUAUAUAUAUAUAUAUAUAUAUAUAUAUUUUUUCAACAUAGUCCAUGGCUAUGUAAAACUAAUAUACAGAAAGUAUCCUAUAGAAUAUUUUGGUUCAAGUAUUACACAAAAUAUUUCUCAUAAUAAAUUUUGUAUUAGAAAAUGUAUUUUAACCCUUUCAUUGUCAGUCCCAUAAUAUUACAGCUUGAGAGCCAACGUCGGUCCCAUAAUACUACGCCAAAAUUCUAUCUCCUUCAAAUCUGGUGGAAGAAAGCUGGUAGGCCUACAUAUGAAAGAAUGGGUCUGAGUGGUCAGUGUGCACAGUAUAAAAAAAAUCCUGCAGCAUGCAGUGCAUGAGAAAAAAAACUGACCGUGUUUUUGGUUUAAAACAGUGACUUUGCGGUGUAUUUUUGUAUGGUAUUUAUGGUUGUAUUCCUGUUUUCUUGGUCUCAUUUGAUAGAAUGGAAGAUAUAUUACAGAAAUGGAGAUGAUUUUGAUUGGUUUCAUUAUGAAAAAUAUCUUGAAAUUGAGCUCAAAGUAGCGGAAAUGUUCGAUUUUUGCCGAUGUUCAAGAGUAAACAAAUGACGUCACUGUUCAAUACGUGCCCAACUGGCCAGUCUAAUACACAGUCACGAAUGGGUUGACAAUAUUUAUACAAUUAUAAUAAUACAGUAGUCUGCGUAACAGUAAAUCUUCUAUUUUUUGUGAAAAUAAAAAUUCAAAAUGGAAAGCAAGAGCAAUAUAAGAAGGGCCUGGAGAUGUGAGAAUGAAAAAAGAAAAUUUUAUUUUAGGGCCAGGAAUGUCUGUCCUGUUUAUUUUGGACCCUAUUUUGAACUUGGCCAAAUUGCCAAUUUCUGACCACUUUAUUGGGUAGUUGAAAUCGGUAAAUGAGAGUUUUCCUGUAAUCAAUGGAGUUCUAGCAAAAUAGCUACAAUUUUCAUCGACUAGAACGAUGGAAUUGGCUGAAAAUAGGGCCAAAGUGGACGAAAUCGCUGAUGCGUAAAUAUCGCCAAGAUCACUAACUUCACACGUGCGUCAUUUUGUAAGUUUUCCAUCAAAUUUCGUACUUUUGGUGUCACUACCAUUGGGAAAAGAUUCUCUAUCAUUUCGUAAGAAUUUUGUUUUUGUUUUGAAAACUUUUUGACACAGAAUAAGUCAAGGAUCAGGGGUCUCAACACUGAAAGGGUUAAUUACUAAAGAGCAGUAAUACCAGAUCCUGACCAAAUUAUGUUAAGUAGCACAGUCUUCUUGGAAGAAAUAUAACUGCUGCAGCUCAGCCACUAGAGCCUCCAAAUAUA